CUUGUCUGAUCGGUGAUCUCCGGAUUAGAAUUGAUUAUACUAACCGCAUUAAAAUUUACAAUUUUUCAUUUCUCUCGCAUGCGCUUCUGUACACAAAUAACGAAUUUCGAGUAUACCAGUUCCGAAUAAAACUAAAACUGUUUUCGUGUAUUAAGUAAUCAUAAAUUCGUCAUCAGUGAUUGCAGGUGAAGUUUCGCAUCACUUGUCGAUUUUUCGAUCACGGUUUGUUGAAAUUUGUGAGCGACAUUUUUUCCUAUCAUAUUUGAGAAAUGGUGUUGUCUUUUUUAUCCACAAUAUGCAGCAAUUGUACCUCAUCUUCGAAUAACGCAGACAAGCUAAAAGACUUGGAAAAUUCAUCAACAGCCGUACAACAUCCUACGAAGCAAGACUGUUCGCUAGAUUAUGAUCCUCACGAUUAUGGUAAACAACAUCAUCCAACCCUUUUUUUGGGUUCCUUAUUUCACUUGUUCAAAGCAACCAUUGGAACUGGUAUAUUGGCUUUACCAUUCGCUUUCAAGAACGUUGGCUACAGCGUCGCAAUCUUCGGUAUUUUUCUGGUAGGUUUCAUUUACCUACAUGUUUUACAUCUCUUGAUGGACGUCGAAUACCAACUUUGCAAGAAGCUGAAGACACCUAACCUUACAUACCUAGGUAUCGUCACGAAUACUUUCGAGCAAGGUCCAGUAUGUGUUCGUAAAUUUACUCCUGUCGCUAAGUUCCUGACGUAUUUCCAUUACGUUUUUAACAAAUCCAUUUCAAAUUCCAUAUACUUGAUUACGAUUGGUGGAAACUUGAAGAUUAUCAUCAACCAUUUCUGCGACUUUGAUUUGAAUAUCGUGUACGUAGUGACUGCUAUCAUGGUGGUGAUAAUACCUAUGGCUGUGAUUCGGAAUUUGAAGUUCUUAGUGCCCUUGUCCAUAUUGACCAGCAUAUUCAACAUGAUUAACAUAAUUUUGAUCCUUUCGAUUCCUUCGGAUUACAACACAUCAGCGGAUUUCAAAGCGAUCGGAGAUGUCACAAAGUUUCCUGAUUUUUUCAGUCUGGCACUGGGCGCCUUUACUUGCACAGGUAUAAUAAUGCCGUUGAAGAACGAUAUGAAGUAUCCCAAACAAUUCACCAGCUCUUUCGGUGUUAUAAAUAUUACCUUAUGUGCAGUUGCCUUGAUCUACUGUACCUUCGGAAUAUUGGGAUACGCGAAAUAUGGUAACAGUCUGCAAGGGAGCAUUCUUUUCAAUUUGCCACCCGAUCGGUCAGCUUCGUUCGUUGUUCUGGGCCUUUACUCCUUUGCGGUUUGUGUUUCGUUCAUUUUAGUCUCGUUCACCAUAUUCGAUACAUUAUGGAGCAAUAUAUUCAAAGAUCGAAAAAUGAACCAUCCAAUCACUGCCGAAUACGCUUUGAGAAUAUUUUUAUGCAUUGCGCCUUACUGCAUUGCAAUUAUUUUACCGGAUUUUAAAAUUAUGGUCAGCUUGGCUGGAGUCAUUGCUAUAUUGAUGGACGAAACUGUGCCGAUCAUUUUACACGCUUUAUUACUGAUCCAACAGAAACCUAAAACAAUAAGCAUGUAUUUAUCCUUAGUAAAAGAUCUUAUUCUUAUUUCAAUUUGUUCAUUGUUGUUUUCCGCGGCCUUAGUAGAAGUUAUUCGAAGUAUUUUCAAAUUUUACAGCUGAAUUAAAUAUAUUUUUUACGCGUUU